AUGUAUAGAAAUGCAUAUCAGCGUGGUAUGUUGACCGUCUUCUUUAGCGUAGGAUCAAAGCCAUUAGCAAUAUGGGACACCUUCACGCAGGACGGAUAUAUAUCCAGGUUUCUGGACCAAGAUAUUAAAUCCAUGGUUUUAGAAAUAGGUGGAAGUAAUGUAAGUACAACUUACAUCACGUGCCCAAAAGGCAAUAUGGUUUUAGGUAUAACAAUGCCAUUUUUGGUGAUGAUUGUGAAGAAUUUGAAAAAGUAUUUUUCGUUUGAAGUAACAAUCCUCGAUGAAACGGGCACUAGGCGUCGAUUUCGCGUAUCGAAUUUUCAAAGCAGCACCCAAAUAUUGCCUUUGUGCACCGUAAUGCCAAUCGGUCUUUCUGAUGGAUGGAAUCAAAUACAAUUCAAUCUGGCAGAAUUCACUCGGCGCGCGUACAAAAAGCAGUACGUUGAAGUGCAAAGAUUAAAGAUUAACGCAAAUAUACGUUUAAGAAGGAUAUACUUUGCGGAAAGAUUGGUUCCAGAAGAUGAAUUACCAGCCGAGUAUAAACUAUUUUUUCCCUUAGUUUCAAAAGGGGGAAAGGGUAAACAAACUGCUCAAACACAGGGAGAUACUAAAAAAUCUACAUCUCAACAGGCAAUCAAAUCUGGAGCAUCCUCAACUAAGCUAGAAACUAGAACUGAAGAAGUGAGGGGCUCUAAAACAUCUGUUCGAUCCAUUAAAAAAGUAUCGUCACAACAGUCUCGAAGGGGAUCUAAAACUAUCGAGGUCAUUAAAGGACCUGAACGUACAGAAGAAAAAGAUGAUGCAGAUACAGUGAAAGUUGUGGAAAACAUUACAGAACCUACAGAAGCUACCGAGCCUACACCACAAACAGACCCAGAACCUGCAGUCACUCCAGAGGCGAUUGAAGAGCAGGAACCAGUUGAAACUCCUGCACCAGAACAAGAGCCCCAAGAAACUGACACGAUUCAACCAGAGGGUGAACCGCCGGUUACUGAAACUGCACCAGAAUAA